GGUGCUAAAUUCAGCCUCUUACAUACAAAGCUAGCUACCAGGAUAAAACAAACGCAAACGCUUCCGUCAAGGGGACAUUACCAAACAAUAUUUUGAUUUUACAAUGAGCAGCUUAAUUUUCAGGUUAAUUCCCAUAUAUUUCCUGUGUUGUUGUUAAUAAAUUUAAAACAAUUCUAUGUCAAUCUGAUUGUUCUACGAAAAAAACAAAAUGCUUAAUGCGAAACCAUGGAAGGUAGGUGUAACGGAUAAGUAUGGGGUUUUUGAAUAUGGCGGCGGCGUUUCACAUAGUAGAAGUGUGAGCUGAGGUGAUGUGCGACUUAUAAACCUCAGAUCUAGCAUAGAAUGCAGCUGUGACACUUCUAAGGAGAUUUGAUGAAAAUUUGCUUUUCUUUAUUUGACUACAGUUUAUUUGGAUGGCUUCACGCUGACUACUUUCACGUUGGAGCCAAUCUGUUUCAGAAGUGCAAACUUGGCGUUUAAGUUUGGAUUAUUCUCCGGUGAUUAAAACAUAAGGUUUAUAGUUCGACAACCAUGGCAACAACAGACAAUCAGCUCAGGUUUAACUCGCUUUUAGAAGAAUGGGGGCGGAAUCAAAUAGGCACUGACGUCGUCCUAACGCUUAACAGCUUGGCAGAUAUUCUGGAAAAGGAGACUGAGGAAUAUUAUAAAUCAGAUCCAGAUCCAAUGGAUGACAGACAUCCAGGGAGAGCCAAUCCUACCUGUGUUCUUGGUCAGCUAAUGAAGACUAUGUUUCGAAAUGAGGAGUUUAUGAAUAAGUUGGUUGGUGAAUACGUCAUGAGUGGGCGGGAAUCUGAGCAGUCACCUCUACAUAUGGCUUCCUGUCGUCUUCUUCUGGAUGUAUUACCAGGUCUAGAGACGUCUGUUGUAUUUCAGGAAACGGAGGGAUUGGUAGCUCGCCUGAUCAGCUGGGCAGAGAUAGCGGAGGACCCGUUAAGAUCCUAUGCCACAGGACUAUUAGGAGGUGCAAUGGAGAUCCAGGAUGUUGCUGCUAACUUCAAGGAACAAAAUACUCGAUUGGUUCCACUGAUGCUGCAGCGCUUGCAUGAGUUAAGAUCUCUUCAGGAGAAAGAAGAAAAGUUGCAGAAGAAGAUUUUGCCAGACAGCAGUGUAAGACACUUUGCAGCUAUCACAAAUGGGAAUGCCAGUGAGAAAGAAAUGGGUGAACCAGCAGUGGAGAUUAUAGAUGAAUCCAUGGACAUUGGCAAGUCUGAAAUUAAAUGUGGUACCUCAGAAGCCGUAACAGAUGGGAAAACACCUACCAAAAAUGACACAGCAGAUACACUGAUAGUGAAGUCUGCACUAUCAUCACCUUUAGUUUCAUUGAUUCCACCGGUUUUGCCAAACCCUGCCAUGACACCUUCAUCUAUGUCUCCAAAAACACUGUCAUCAGAAGAUACCUCAUAUCGAUCGACCCUGAAGAGAUCUUUAUCCCCUGGUCUUGCAGCAGAGUACCAUAGUGCUGCCAAGCAAUCUCGGACCAGAGUUGAGAGUUUUGGAGAAUGCAGCAACAGCAGCUGGGCUGAGAUGGAGCCGCUUGUGAUUGGCUCGUACUCGCUGAAGCCACCCCUUCCCACCACCAUGAAACAGCGGCUCAUCCUUCAGUAUCUCAUUCCCAUGGGAGAUUACCAGGAGCUCCUGAGCUGUGUCUUUGAGCACCAUUCCAUGGACCUAAUCUUCUACUACAUAAACUUGAGGGACAACUCAGACGUCCGCUUGGCUUUUGAAGCUCUCAAGUAUUUGGCAACACUGCUGUGCCACAAGAAGUUUGCCAUUGAAUUCCUGUCACAUGGGGGGCUGCAGCGGCUGCUUCAGGUUUAUCGUCCCUCCAUUGCUGCCACGGGUGUGGCUCUCUGCCUGUACUACCUGUCCUACUUUGAAGAUGCCAUGGAGAGGGUGUGUCUUCUACCUGAACACAUUCUUUCAGACCUUGUAGGGUACGUCUUGUGGCUGAUGGAGUGUUCUCACGACUCAAGUCGCUGCCACGCCUGCAUGUUCUUCAGCCAAGUCUUUCCAUUUCGAGUCAUGUUGGACCUGUUUGAUCAGCGUGAUGGUCUCCGUCGACUGUUUAAUGUGAUCAGCACCUUGGAAAUUCUUAAUGUGGAGGAGUCCAGCGAUGCUGCAUUACUGAGUGAAGACACUGUGUUUGCCAUGAGGCAGGCAGCACGCCAUGUAUGUGGAGCUCUCAAGAAGUAUUUUGAAGCCCAUUUAGCCAUUAAAGCUGAUGAGGUGCGGCGUUCACAUACUCGUAAUGAUGGAAGCUCCCCUUUGCAGGAAACUCCUGCAUAUAAGCCACAAAAGCUGACGCCUCCAAUUAUUGCUGAGAACAUUGAACUCUUGAUGGAACUGUUACCUGUGAGGUUGCUAUGGCAACCAGAGGCCACCUUUCACAAGCUUGGUGGUCUGAUGCUACUUGUGCAACUAGUGGCCAUGGCUCCAGAGUGGGCGAACUACCAAGGAAAGCCAGAGACAAUCAAAAGUGCCUUGGACGUGAUCACAGUUCUGACCGUAACACCCAAGUCACAGCUGCUCCUGUUGAACAACAUAAAUAUGCCAGACAAUGUCUCAACACCAGCCAUGAGUGUUUUGACUGGUUUGGCAGAGGGUGAGGUCUUAGCUGAUGCUGAAGUUCAAAAGGCUGCCCUUAAUGUUCUCAUUAACUGUGUUUGCGGACCUAUUGAACGACUUGGAGGUGGUGUGGGGCGCUUUAUGGGUGCAGGAUCCAAAAAGAAGGUCAAUGUUCGCCUUGGUGAAGAUGUGCUUGGUCGUAUGUGGAAUGGUGUUCGAACCAACAAUGGUAUCAUGGUCUUGCUAAAACUACUGUCGGUCAAGACACCUAUAACAGAAGCUGACACAAUAAGAGCCUUAGCAUGCAGGGCAUUGGUGGGAUUAUCAAGGAGUGAGACAGUGAAGCAGAUUCUGAGCAAGUUGCCUGUCUUUAGCAUGGGACAGUUGCAGAGUCUGAUGAAAGAGCCAGUCCUUCAGGACAGACGACAGGAGCAUGUCAAGUUCUGCAAAUAUGCCAGUCAGCUGCUGGAGAGAGUGUCUGGAAAACAGUCUAGUACUAUUGAUGCCUCGCUGGAGGAUAUCCGCAAAGCAGACAUUGUAGCCCAGACAAAGAUUAUCUACCGAGAGAAAGAGUUGCUGCAACUCAUCCAUGACCAUCUGUUUAGCAAAGGAUUGAAGGAGGCUGCAUUGGCUCUCCAGCGAGAGGCAGGUCUUCCACGGUGUUCAACUCCUCCUCUUCCCCACCCAGCCAGCCCUCAUAUUUACUCCCCAGCAACACCCAAAUUGGCUCGUCAGUUGAGUCAACCCAUGCCAAGUCACAGUAUGUCCACACCAACAGUAGCUGCCCACUUAGGGUCAUUUGCAUCUACCCCAUCAGAACAUUGUUCCACAUCCGCUACCAUUGUUCACACCCCAGGACCCAUUCGGUUCUCGCUGCACCGCCCGCACAUGUCACAUUCCCCAAGCCAAAGCAAGCCAUCGACAUCACGAAGCAGGUUUUUGCGAGAAGGUGGGCCCAGUACCAGUUACAGAUCCAAGUUUUCAAACAUGCAAGGAGGACGAGAGUACAAUCCCUCACUUGACAAAAUUGUCACAGAGUACCUUCGAAAACAGCAUGCCUUGUGUCGCAAUCCUGUUUCAACUUGUCCGCCCAUGUCCCUUUUCACUCCUCACAGAUGUCCAGAACCAUUAGGGCGCAUUUGUGCUCCCCUUUCAGUUACCUCCCGCCUUAUGAAUCGUGCACUCAAUCCUAGAUUUGGAGGACCUGAGGGAGCAAAACUUAACAGAAAAUUUAUCUAUAACAGAUUUCUUCCCUUCCAGACGUAUCGAGACAAAGAAGAUGAUGGAUUUGCUAGUUGCUGUUUCAGUGCAGAUGAGAAGUUUCUGGUGCUGGGGACAUUUUCUGGUGACCUCAAGCUGAUGAACAUGUCCACUGGAGAGGAGGCAGGGAGCUUGAGUUGUCACAAUGCUCCCAUCAUCCACCUGGAACCUUCACGGGAUGGAAAGCUGUUGCUGACAUCAUCUUGGGGCAUUAGUCAAGACUCGGCCAUGUGGACAAUUGGUGAAACACUGACCUGCAAAUUCACAUUUGAUGAACAUCUUUUAGAAUUCAGCAAAUUAACGCAAGACCGCAUUGUGGGAACAAAGGAUGAUGUUGCACACAUAUAUGACGUGACAACUGGUACCAAGCUGAUGAAACUCUUUGAUUCAGACAAGGCCAACAAUUACCGUGCCAAUGCAGCUACAUUCUCUCCAACAGAUGAGUUGGUCUUGAAUGAUGGGGUGCUUUGGGAUGUGCGCAGCCGAAAGCCACUUCACAAGUUUGACAAGUUUAACCAGUACAUCAGUGGUGUCUUCCAUCCUAUGGGGCAGGAGAUUAUCAUUAACUCGGAAGUCUGGGAUCAACGGACAUUCAAACUGCUGCACACAGUUCCUGCUCUGGACCAGUGUCAGAUCAAGUUCAACCAUGCUGGGGAUGUCAUUUUUGCCACUCGUGUUGAUGAUGAAAUGGAUACAACUUUUGAAGCACUGCGAACACAGUUUAGCUCCACUCUAAGGACUUUUGAUGCCACAGACUAUAGCAGCAUAGGCACCAUGGAUCUCAAGACACGGAGUAUCUUUGACCUUUGCACUGACAAAUCUGAUUUCUGCCUAGCUGUUAUUGAGCAAAAUACCCAGUUUACAGAGGGUGGCAAUGAAGAGAGCAUCUGCCGUCUUUAUCAGAUUGGCAAACUGCGGGAUGAAGAAGAUGAUGGGCAGGAGGAUGAAGAUGAGGGGGAAAAUGUUGAAGAGGAAGAAGAGGAGGAGGAAGAAGAAGAAGAAGAUGAAGAGGAUCCCAGUUUCUUGGAUUUUGCAUCAUUAAACGAUUCGGAUGGUAAUGAAGAAGGGGCAGGUGGUGAAGCAGUGCAAGUUGUUGUCGCCAUGGCACUUGAUGAUGAUGAAGGCAAUGAAGAUGACAAUGAGGAUGAUGGUAAUGGUGGUCAGAUUGAGUUCACACCCAGCAACAGUGAUGAAGAUGAUGAUCAAGAAGAUAAUGACAAUGAUGAUUUGGAUGAUGACAUGCUUUUUGCUCUAGUGUAGAUUUAUUUUGAAAGGAUUGUAGGACUUUGUUGUAACCUGUCACUCUCAAGGGUAGAUAUUCAGUGCUUUCAAACAGAUACUUAGAAGAUUCAUAAGUAUCUACCUUGUUCUUGUAGGCCAGGAAAUUCUACAUAAAAAUGCAAGACCCCCAGCACUCUGAUGGAGACAUGAUUGUUUUUGCAUCAAGAACAUCUAAGGUUUCCACACUUUAAUGUAAAAUAUAAUUAUUUUGUGCUGUGAGAAGAAAUGAAUGUCUGUUGUAGAAACUUCAGGGAAAAAUGAAAAUAAUUUUUUUUCAUUGUAAUCUUAUUGCCUUUACACACCUAUAAUGUAUAGGAUGACAACUAUAAUAAUGUACUCAAAUAAUUGUACAGUAAACAGAGUUUCCCUGGUAAUCUGAAUUAUAAAUUAUAUAUGAAAUAAAUUUUUGAGUUGGUGUAAACAUGAGAAGAAUGCAUAUUAGUUAAAUAAUGAAGGCAUUAUGAAAUA